CAUUCAGGGAGACAGUGACGUUUGGAUCUGUCAUUUUCCGUGGCUUCGUGCAUUAAAUUUCUGAUGCAAUAGUUACCAGGUGGAUUUUGCCAGAAAAUCCUGUGAAAAUAUUGUUGAGAGCGGUUUAAAAUAUAUAAAAAUCAUGGCAGAAGAUGAUGCUACUUUUGACCCAACCUUGACGAAGAAGAAGAAAAAGAAGAAGACUACCUUCGAUUUGGAUGCUGCUCUUGGUGGCGAUGAAGACAACACCCUAAAAAACCAGCAAGACAACGACGAAAAUGCCGACAAUGAAGUCAAAGACCUGGACGACGACUUAGACUUGGAGAAUUUCGGUAAAAAGAAGAAGAAAAAGAAGAAGCCAUUCAACUUGGACGAUCUGGACAAUGCAUUGCCGUCGAAAGAACCUGCCGUGGACGACUCGGGAAUCGGAGAUGGAGCCGGCGACGAAGCAAAUGCCGAUGAGGACUUUGACUUGGAUAUGGACUUCUCGAAAACGAAGAAAAAGAAAAAGAAGAAGAAGGAUUUGGAUGAGUUGGUAGCGGCUGCAGUGGAGGAUGACAAGUCCGAGGAUAAAGAGAAUGGCCUUACCGAUGUGGACGCGAGUAUUUGCGACUUUGUGGACGAAAACAGUUCCAGUUGGGCCGGCUCCGACCGUGACUACACCUACGAAGAGCUCCUUAGUCGUGUAUUUGAAAUUAUUCUUGAUAAAAACCCAGACAUGGCGGCUGGUCGAAAACCGAAAUUCGUGAUGAGACCACCACAAGUGCUCCGUGUCGGCACGAAAAAGACAUCAUUCGCGAACUUCACAGAUAUCUGCAAAACGCUGCACAGACAGCCGAAGCAUUUACUCGAUUUCCUGCUUGCUGAAUUGGGUACGAGUGGCUCCAUGGACGGUAACCAGCAGCUGAUUAUCAAGGGUCGCUUCCAGCCCAAGCAAAUUGAGAACGUGCUGCGACGUUACAUCAAGGAGUACGUCACGUGUCACACGUGCCGGUCGCCCGAAACUAUCCUGCAGAAAGACACCCGCUUAUUCUUCUUACAGUGUGAAUCGUGCGGUUCACGGUGUUCGGUAGCUAGCAUCAAAUCUGGUUUCCAGGCUGUCACGAGCAAGCGUGCUGCAAUACGUGCGAAAACCGCCUAAGUUUCUGUACAGGAGGGGAUGAUUUCGAAGAUAUAUUUCAAAUUAUUAGUUUCAUCGUGAUUCUUUUUUAUAUGGUAUGAUUACAACUUAAUAUAGCCGAUUUUAUUCAAGAAAUGCUCCACUCCAUUGUUUUUACUUGUCUGUUCUAAUUUGCUGAUAUCAACACCGUGAAAUGUUGUUCAACUUUGAGUUAUUUAAAUGGAUUUAGUAAGAAUUUGUGUGAAGUCGGAUUUAUUUAUGUAAGAAUUAAGGAAAGAGACAUUUUCCACUUAGCAAAAUACUAAACUGUUGAAUGAAAUAGAGAAGCGAACAAAACAAACUGAAACUCCGAAUACGCGAUUUUUCAAUUAACACUACAGUAAUCGAUUUGGUUAAUAAAAAUUCAUAAAG